ACGAAUGUUCAGAUAGAGCUGAGGGGCGAGCAAAUGAUCCCUGAUCGAUCUAACUAAGAGAGGAAGUUCAGUACACAUACCGUCGGUGACGCACAUCGACAAAUAAUGUUGCCGUCUCGACAUACCAUAUAAAGAUAACGGACUUCACUGAUCCCUCUCCGAAGGUCAAUCCGCAUCAUGCAUUUCCUCACGGCUGUUCUGAGUACCAUCGUCGCUACGGCGUGUGCCCAUGAUGUGCACGAACGCGAUCUGCCACCACCUGUGGCUAUCAACGACAUGAGCUACACCAACUGCGCGAACGCAGCAUGGCCGCCGUCAAAUGUUGGCACCGAAUUAGUGCCUCAGAAGCCUACCGACGAGCUCAAGACAAUGCUAGACGAGAUUGACCCCAAAAACAUCGAGAGCAUUAUCACCAAGUUGGUAUCCUUCGGCACACGCCAUACACUGAGCACGCAGAACAGCACCACGCGCGGUAUCGGCGCAGCAAGAGACUGGAUCGAGUCGGAAAUGAGAAAAUAUGCCAACCAAAGCGCCGGUCGCAUGACUGUCACUGUGCCUAGCUACACUCAGGGCGUGGCUUCUCGCAUCCCUUUUCCUGUCAAGAUCAGCAAUGUCCUUGCGACGAUCAAAGGCAGCGAGACCCCGGAUAAAGUCUAUAUUAUGACUGGCCACUAUGACUCGCGCGUGACCGACGUGCUGAAUUACGAGUCGGACGCUCCAGGCGCCAACGACGAUGCUUCCGGUGUUGCUAUCGCUAUGGAACUCGCCCGUGUCCUAGCCUCGCGCCAGCCCAAGUCUACAAUCAUUCUCGGCGCCGUCGCUGGUGAAGAACAGAGUCUGUACGGCAGUACCUUCUUCGCCAACACGCUGCGCAACGCCUCCGUCAACGUCGAAGGCAUGCUGAAUUGCGACAUCGUCGGCAGCUCGACAGGCGAUCGCGGCCAAAAGGACCCAUAUACCAUCCGCGCCUUCGCGCAAGGCCCACCGCCUUCAGAAAACAGCACAGUUGCUGCCCGCCGUCUGCAAAUUGGCGGCGAAAACGAUUCGCCUGCCCGCGAACUCGCACGCUUCACCGCUGAAGUCGCCGCCAACGGUGCCACUGGCAUGAACAUCGCCAUAAUCUAUCGCCUGGACCGCUUCUUGCGCGGCGGCGACCACUCGCCCUUCCUCGCCGCAGGCUACCCGGCAAUCCGCUACACCGAACCCAACGAGAACUUUGCACACCAGCACCAGGACUUGCGUACUGAGAAUGGCACCGUGUACGGCGACCUCCUCGAGUUCGUCGACUUCGACUUCACCGCGCGCGUCGGCCGCGUCAACCUCGCCACGCUGUGGAGCCUGAGCGAGGCGCCGGGCUGGCCGCGCAACGUCACCGUCGACACGAGCGUGCUCGACAACGACACGAGGCUCAAGUGGGUGGUCAGCGCUGAUCCGAAUGUCGCCAGCUACGAGGUUGUGUGGCGGCCCAACAUCAAUCCGCUUUGGACGCAUAUGCUCGAUGUGGGCAAGGUGGGCAGCGUGACGUUGCCGCUCAGCAAGGACAAUGCGAUCUUUGGCGUCAGGGCGGUGGGCAAGAACGGGUUGAAGAGUCCGGCCACGUACCCUUUCCCAGGCUAGAUGUUGGUCAUGUAGGCGAGCAAUGUAAA